AGCAGAGCCCCCGCCGGGCCGAGCCUCCCCCGUACCCGCUCCUCCAGACGUCUCCUCUGGCUGCUUUAAAAGGGGGACGGGGUACAGAGUCCCCUGCGCCCGCCCUCAUCCUCCCCGGCGGAAAGGGAUAAGUGCCGCGCAGGGUUGCUUGUUGGCCGAAGUACUGAAAAAUCAAAAUCACUGAGGUGAAUUGAGUUGAUCUUCAGGAGUCUCGACGCGGGGACCUCCCGCCCUUGCUCGGGGCGGCAGGGAAGGAGCCGCAAGUUUUUUGCUACUUGGUGGCACUGCAUCAACAGAAAUAGUGAAGAUUUCUUCUCCUUCAGCAUGGGUCUGGCGGUUGAUACGCUUGUCUGCAUUCGCAAGGCACAGGUCCAGGCAGAGAAAGGGUGUACCUGCUUCUCGGUGAGCGGCCUGCCCACACGGCCAGAGGCUUUUACACCUUUUCAACCUGUGUUGAUGAGGUUUCCUUGAACUUUUAAAGUUCCCGGUGAAGAAGAGUCCUGCGUCAUGACUUCAAGCGUGCUCUGAAGCUCGUCUACUUAACGCUGAAAUCUGACCGCUGGGAAUUGCGUGUCGCUCCGGUUUCGUUCACCUCCCCCGGCUGGAUAAACCCCCGGUGGCUCCCAGGCCACCAUUUUCCAGGGCAAAGAACAGUUCUGCAGUAUCUGAGGAUGGAUAAAGACUUCCGCUACUACUUCCAGCACCCGUGGUCUCGCUUAGUUGUGGCUUACUUAGUGAUCUUCUUUAACUUCUUAAUAUUUGCUGAAGACCCAGUAUCUCACAGUCAGACAGAAGCCAAUGUUAUUGUUGUUGGUAAUUGUUUCUCCUUUGUAACAAAUAAAUACCCUGAAGGAGGAGGCUGGAAAUUUCUGAAGGUGCUUCUGUGGCUGCUUGCCAUUCUCACAGGACUGAUAGCUGGGAAAUUUCUCUUCCAUCAGCGCCUGUUUGGUCAGUUGCUCCGUCUGAAAAUGUUUCGGGAGGACCAUGGGUCUUGGAUGACGAUGUUCUUCAGUACCAUCCUCUUCCUCUUCAUUUUUUCUCACAUUUAUAAUCUGUUCCUCAUUAUGGCAGGGAAUAUGAGUGCAUACAUUAUAACAGACUUCAUGGGCAUCAGGAAUGAAAAUUUUAUGAAGGUAGCUGCAGUUGGGACUUGGAUGGGAGAUUUUGUCACAGCAUGGAUGGUCACUGAUAUGAUGCUUCAAGACAAACCCUACCCAGACUGGGGAAAGUCUGCCAGAGCUUUCUGGAAGAAAGGAAACAUUAGAAUCAUUUUAUUCUGGACGGUUCUGUUUACUCUGACCUCUGUAGUUGUGCUUGUCAUCACUACUGACUGGAUCAGCUGGGACAAGCUGAAUCGUGGGUUUCUGCCAAGUGACGAGGUCUCAAGAGCCUUCUUGGCUUCUUUCAUCCUGGUGUUUGACCUUCUUAUUGUCAUGCAGGACUGGGAGUUUCCACAUUUUAUGGGUGAUGUUGAAGUGAAUCUUCCAGGCUUGCCAUCUGCACACAUGCAGUUCAAAGUACCUUAUUUCCAAAAGAUCUUCAAAGAGGAAUAUCACAUACAUAUAACAGGCAAAUGGUUUAACUAUGGAAUUAUCUUUCUUGUUUUAAUCUUGGAUCUGAAUAUGUGGAAGAACCAAAUAUUUUACAAACCUCAUGAAUAUGGUCAAUAUAUUGGUCCUGGACAGAAGAUCUACACAGUGAAGGACUCGGAAAGCUUGAAAGACCUUAACAGAACUAAGUUAUCUUGGGAGUGGAGAUCCAAUAACACUAACCCGUUGACCAACCGGACCUAUGCUGAAGGAGACAUGUUCUUGCACAGCAGAUUCACAGGCUCUAGCCUUGAUGUCAAAUGCCUGGCUUUUAUUCCAAGUUUGUUGGCUUUUGCUUUGUUCGGUUUCUUCAUCUGGUUCUUUGGGCGAUUUCAGAAAACUGACCAAGGCAUGGAGAAUUUAGACAAAUCAUACACAAGAAUGAAACGAAAGUCACCAUCAGAUAUGGGAAUGACACGAGAAAAUACACAGGUGUUAGUAGAAGAACCAUUAAGUUUUCAAGAGCCACAUCUCGUAUCCAUAAAAUCAGACUUAAGUGAAAUAGUUUUUAAUUCUUCUCUCCUAACUUCUGAAAACUUGAAUGCACAACUGAAUGAACAAGAUAGCCCUUUACAGCCAGUACCAGAGUCCUCUGUCCCUAAGAGUAAUCCUGUGACAUAGAGGCAAAUACCCAGGAAAAUCAGUUUAAAUAAGCAGUUACUAUAAGAUUUCAGUUUUACCUUUUGUAAGUUAAGAUUUACAUAGUGUUUAGAAUAAGAAACUCAACCUAUACCAAAAGGUGCUCAGCAUGCUUUUUCUAGGAAUUCUGUUUUUUAUUUGUAUUAUAGUAUGUGCCUACUGUAUAUCUAACAUUCCUUUAUAGAUUGCUUCCCAAAAUUGCACAAGCUAUUUAUUAAUACAUUACCUUAACUGUAUAAUAGUGUAUUAGAUGAUUACUUGCAGGUAUAAAAUUCUACCGUGGUGGUGCCUUGAGACAUUAAACUGUUUUUUAACUCAACACCAGAUGUAUAGCACAGUUCUUCUAAUCUAUUUUGCAAAGCUUUUUGUAUAUGGUUAUUUCAAGUAUCAUUUGAUGUCUUGACAGAGGAGAUAAAUAUAGUUAUUCCUAAAGAAGGGUUUCUGUUAGGACAUCACAACUUGACUUUGUUAUUUACUGAUCUGUGAAGCCAAUGACUUUGAUGACCGGACUGCAGAGAAGCAUGUUGAUUACCUUUUAAUUUUUGCUGGCUAGCUGCCAAACACAAAUACAGAUUCAUUAUGCAGUAAACAGUGGAGUGAUAAUACAGCAUGGGUCACUACUUGUGAAAAUAUGACUUUCUCCAUCAGUAAUAGCAAUUAGGUGAUAAUGCCUAAUUAUAUUUUUCCUAAUUAAAGAUAAACUGCUCCUUGAUUAAAAGUUUUGCCCUUCACCUUUUAGAAACAGAGGUGAAAAUACAUGGUCAAAGCAACUCUUUCCAUCAUCACGCCAAACCUAUGCAACAUCAAAGAGCCAAUGGAGUGAUUACGGUAAAGGACACAAAGCCCAUUAAAUCCAGUGUUCGUGCGGUUCAGUGCAGAUACGGUCUGGGCAUACGUGAAAUAUACAUAGAAACACACCACAUAUAGACAGACUAACUUCUCCAAAUACUGAAGAAAGGUUUAGGGGUUUUAAUUAAAAUAGAUUAAUAAUUGAAUUUUAUUGUACCCUUUUUUACCCCUUCAUUCAUUAUCCAUGAAUAAGUGUAACCUGGAAGCAGAAACGUAGAGAAACUGGGUUUUUUGCUUUUUUGAAGGGGACUUUGUAAUAUGAAUUCCUCUGCUGUCUGAUCAAACUACAUGCACUAGAGAAACUGCAUAUCUAAAACAUCAGAAAGACUCUGAUUUGCCUCUGAUUUAGCUCUAUAAAUUGUUGUUACAAGUUACUAAAUAAGAAGUCAUUUUUAAGUCUGAAUUAUUUCCCUGUCAUUUACUGGUGUUGCUGUAUUUUGUCUUUGUGACUUUUUUAUCUCCGUUGUUUUGAUCUAUCUGCUUUUAAGUUUUCGGAAUGUUGAAUUUAGCAUGCAUAAUAGAACUAUGCAUUUAUUAACUGUCACUUGAGAGCCAAUUUUAAUAAACAUCAUUCAACAAUUGUUUAUUAUGAGGCAGGAACAUAUUCUGUUAGUUUUGCAAUUUUUUAAAACAUUUUACCUGUGCAUUGUCCUUCGUAAAAUCAUAAAUAUUUCUGACACUAAGAAAGGCAGGCAGUAUCACAGUAAUGUCAAAAUCAAAUAUUUUGCGUAUGGAACACUUAAUAUUUAAUCAGGAGAAAGUUCACUUUAUAAUCGUACUAAAUUUUUAUCCAUUAAAAAUUAUGACUAAAAAUAAAUCUAUUAGCCUUU